GGCGCCGCAGGUUUCGAGAGGGGUAUCGCUGGGCUGGUAGUCUGGCAGGCUGGCAGGCUGGCGGCGGGCAAUGCUGGGGGGCAGCUCCGGUGCCCGAGAGCGCGAGGCGGAGGGCGACGGGGCGGAGGCUGUGCCUGCGCCUCCUGCCAUCGAGUUCCCGGCCGACGGCUCGGACCCCAAGUAUGAUGAAUCUGAUGUCCCAGCAGAACUCCAAGUAUUAAAAGGACCCCUACAACAGCCGACUUUCCCUUUUGCAGUUGCAAACCAACUCUUGCUCGUCUCUUUGCUGGAGCACUUGAGCCAUGUGCAUGAACCAAACCCGCUCCGUUCAAGACAGGUGUUUAAAUUGCUUUGCCAGACCUUUAUCAAAAUGGGGCUGCUGUCUUCUUUCACCUGUAGUGAUGAGUUUAGCUCAUUGAGGCUACAUCACAACAGAGCUAUUACUCAUUUAAUGAGAUCUGCUAAAGAGAGAGUUCGUCAGGAUCCUUGUGAAGAUAAUUCUCAUACCCAGAAGAUCAGAUCAAGGGAAAUAGCCUUUGAAGCACAAACUUCACGUUACCUAAAUGAAUUUGAAGAGCUUGCUGUCUUAGGCAAAGGUGGAUACGGAAGAGUGUACAAGGUCAGGAAUAAAUUAGAUGGUCAGUAUUAUGCAAUUAAAAAAAUCCUGAUUAAUGGUGCAACUAAAACAGAUUGUAUGAAGGUACUACGGGAAGUGAAGGUGCUGGCAGGCCUUCAGCAUCCUAACAUAGUAGGCUAUCACACUGCUUGGAUAGAACAUGUUCACAUGACCCACGCACAAGAUCGAAUUUCUAUUCAGCUGCCAUCUCUGGAAGUGAUCUCUGAUGAGGAGGGUGACAGAAAUCAACAUGUUAAAAAUGAUGAAAGUAACAGCACAUCCAUUAUCUUCGCCGAGUUCACCUCAGGAAAAGACAAGUCCUUAGGAAAAUCUGGCAUUGAAAAUCGGAAUAAUAGAUUGGUGAACUACAGCACCAGUUUAAUCCCCAGAGACACCAGUGAAUUUGAAUCACCCAGUUUUCUCCAAAGAAAUGGUUUGGCUGAUUUGCCUUCCAGCUCAAUUAUUGAACAUCAGCUGCCACUUAGGCAUCAUUCCGACUUAGAAGAGAAUUUCACAUCCACUGGGGAAUCUUCUGAAAACUUAAGUUUGUUGGGGCAGACAGAGGUGCAGUACCACUUGAUGCUGCACAUCCAGAUGCAGCUGUGCGAGCUCUCCCUGUGGGACUGGAUAGUGGAGAGAAACCAGCGGGGUCGGCAGUAUGUGGACGAAUCUGCAUGUCCUUAUGUCAUGGCGAGUGUUGCAACAAAGAUUUUUCAAGAACUGGUGGAAGGUGUAUUUUACAUACAUAACAUGGGAAUCGUACACAGAGAUCUGAAGCCAAGAAAUAUUUUUCUUCAUGGCCCUGAUCAGCAAGUAAAAAUAGGAGACUUUGGUCUGGCCUGCACAGACAUCAUUCAAAAGAACACAGACUGGAUCAGUAGAGAUGGGAAGAGGCCACCCACACACACUUCCAGAGUGGGUACUUGUCUGUACGCUUCACCCGAGCAGUUGGAAGGAUCCGACUAUGACGCCAAGUCAGAUAUGUACAGCUUGGGUGUGAUCCUGCUAGAGCUCUUUCAGCCAUUUGGAACAGAAAUGGAGCGAGUACACAUUUUAACAGGUUUAAGAAGUGGUCAGAUACCUGACUCCCUCAGUAAGAGGUGUCCUGUGCAAGCCAAGUACAUCCAGCACUUAACUAGAAGGAAUGCAUCUCAGAGACCAUCUGCUCUUCAGCUGCUGCAAAGUGAACUUUUCCAAAAUUCUGGAAAUGUUAACCUCACCCUACAGAUGAAAAUACUAGAGCAAGAAAAAGAAAUAGAAGAACUAAAGAAGCAGCUGAGUCUCCUUUCUCAGGACAAAGGGGCCAAGGAUGACAUGAAGGAUGGGAGUGUGCCCGUCCUGCCUUAAUUAAGCUCUGUAAAUGUGAAUGUGGACUUCUAAUUCUUUAAAUUGUCAACUGGAAUGUACAUUUCAGUCUUUGUUAGGGUAUAGAUGAUAUAAUUGUAUCUAGUGACCCUGUACAAGACUUAUUAAAGUUGUAGAAGUUCCCUCAAAUCGCUAUUUCCUAAAAGGAAUUGUUAUGAUCUAGCACUUUGAACGAAGCUGCUCUAAACUAAACCUAUUUUGCCUUUUCCUUUCUCCUGUCCUACAAACUCCUAAUUUUUAAUAUUACUGUCUGUCCUGUCUCUGGAAGGAGCAAUUUAGACAGUAUCCUCCAUUCUUUCUCCUUUGAACUCUGCCUGUUGACCAUCCAGUCCUCCUCUAGAAUGUUUUACCUCACAGAUUGAGGUAUGCACCCCUGCACCAUCACAGCCAAGCCCAGGCCUGCACGAUGGCUGGACUGUUUGUUUUGAUGGCUGCCAGUCUUCCUCACCCUUCCACGAUGCUGCUGCCAGUUAGUUACCAGAAGGACAUCUGAUCAGUUCACUCCCUGGCUCAGAAGCUCCUGCUGGCUCCCUGCUGCCUCUAAGAUGCAACUUUAGCUUCCUAGCAUCAUCAUCCAACCUCUUUGUUCUCUUCACCUUCAGCUUGGUGUCACUCCAAAAAUCAUGCCCUUUCUAAGCCUUGUGCUGCUUGCCUCCAAAUCAUCUAAAUCAUCUCAAAGUAGCUCUGGUAGGAGUUCCUGCUUUCCCCCUGGUACUGUUGUGUGUUUCCAUGGCGUUCCCCUUUAUUUAGCACUCGACUCCCCACCAAUCUAUGUUUCCCAAAGGCCCCGAUGGGGUAUGUUCAUUUUUGUAUCUCAAAAAAUGCCUGCCACAUAGCUGGCAGUUGUCAUGGUAUAUGGCACGUGAUGUGGCUGAAUUUUAAAAUAAAAUGAAAACCCACAAAUUA